ACUCAGACAACUCUCACUCUGGGUUCUGGCCCUGUCUCUGCCACUGGUAGACUGUCCAGAGUCAUUUACCCGUUGCAAAUUACCACCUCAGUGGUAAAUGGUCACAUUCACCAGCUAGCCUUGCCACACCUGUGUUCACUUACAAUUUCAACUGAGCCGACACAGACAUCUAUUAGAUAACUGGUAACCACAGAAUUGUGACAUCAUGCUAAACACAACUCUUGUUAAUCGAAAGAAUGCUCUGAAGGUUGUUAAAGAGCUGGAUGCAUUUCCUAAAGUUCCAGAAAGUUACACAGAAACAUCAGCAGCCGGAGGGGGGCUUUCUAUUGUGACCUUUAUUCUGAUUGGCUUCUUGGUAAUCUCAGAGAUAAGUUAUUAUACAAGCACAGAGCUGAAGUUUGACUACACUGUGGACAAAAAUCAUUCAGGGACUGUCAAGCUUAACAUUGAUAUUACAGUUGCAAUGAAGUGUCAUCAUGUUGGUGCUGAUGUCCUAGACCAGACUGGCCAGGAUGUUUACUCCUUUGGUAUGCUAAACGAGGAGUCAGUCCACUGGGAGCUCAGUGAUAAUCAAAGAGAUUACCAGCACUUUGUCCAACAAGUCAACGACUACCUGUCUGGAGAGUAUCAUGCCAUCCAGGAGGUGCUGUGGAGAUCUGGGAACCCAGCUUUUAAAGGUGGCAUGCCUAAAAGAAAAGGUCCUGACCCACCAGGUCCACCUGAUGCUUGUAGAAUUCAUGGAUCCCUAGAAGUCAACAAAGUUGCUGGAAAUUUUCAUAUCACUGCUGGCAAGUCAGUGCCUGUUAUUCCAAGAGGCCAUGCCCAUCUGGCCAUGAUGAUGGAUAGUAAAGAUUACAAUUUUAGCCACAGGAUUGAUCAUUUUUCCUUUGGAAAUCCAGUAAAUGGCAUUAUCUUCCCUUUGGAUGGAUCUGAAAUAACCACUUCAUUUAAUCAUCAUAGUUUUCAAUACUUUAUGCAAGUUGUGCCGACAGAGGUUAGAACAUAUAAAGCUAACAUGGACACCUAUCAGUUCUCUGUUACAGAAAGUAAUCGUGCCAUUGAUCACAAUGCAGGCAGCCAUGGAGUGCCAGGAAUUUUCAUAAAAUAUGACCUUUCAUCUUUGCUCAUACAAGUGAAAGAAGUCCAUAGACCCUUUUGGAUGUUUCUUGUUCAGUUGUGUGGCAUUGUGGGAGGAAUAUUUUCUGUCUCAGGUAUCAUCAACAGCUUUGUGGGGCUGGUAGCGGACAUCUUGUGUUGUCGCUUCAAAUGGGGUCAGCAGAAAAGUCAUGACACAGUUGUCCCAGGUCAAGCUAAGUUACCUGUGGACUUAAUUCAUCCCACAUUUGAACGCAGCAUAAGCCAAAAUAAUAUUGUUUCCCCCUCUCAAGAGAGUUAUGUUAAUCAACCUAAUUUACUUCAAAAUACGUCUUAGUCUUUUGUUUACAAAACAUAACAUUUAAUAAAGGUACUGAGUUUUUUGUUGUUUUAAUUAUUUAUGCAAUUACAAAAUAUUUUAUUUGAGUGAUAUUUAUUGAGUUGUUCAAUCCAUUAUAAGCUGUAUUUUUUUCUUGUUUUUAUUUACAAUAAACUAAUCUAUACAAUAUA